GAAACGGGAACGUCAUUGUUGUUCUCUAGUUCGUAAACAAAGAUCAGCCAGCAGCCUGCCUUAUCGUUUCUCUUGAUCCACCCCGGGGCGAAUCACCAAUCAGCGAAUCACAGCGUUCGAGGGCGAGCGGGGUAGCCUAGCCAGCGAGCAUCAUGAAACCGACCGGUAAUGUGCUGGUCGCGCUGCGAAACCUGAUGAAGAGCCUGCCCAACAACCUCGGCUCGAUCAGCGCGUACAUCAUCCCGUCGAACGAUGCGCACCAGAGUGAGUAUUUGGCCGCGUGCGACGAGCGGCGCGCGUUCGUGUCCGGGUUCGAUGGUAGCGCGGGCACGGCGGUGGUGACGGAGCAGGAGGCCCUGCUGUGGACGGACGGGCGCUACUACCAGCAGGCCACCAACCAGAUGGACGCCAAUUGGACGCUGAUGAAGGACGGCCUGCCCACCACGCCGUCGAUCGACGCCUGGCUCGCCAAGACGCUCCAGCCCGGCUCGAAGGUGGGCGUCGAUGCGAACCUCAUCACGGCCGCCGCCUGGACCGGCCUGCAGUCGUCGCUGCGGACUGCCGGCUGCACCCUGCUGCCCGUUGCGCCCAACCUGGUCGACCUGCUGUGGACGGAGCGACCGGCCGUACCGCACAACCCGCUGCUGCCGCUGGCAACCUCCCGGACCGGCUGCACCGUGGCCGACAAGCUGGCGAUCGUGCGCGAGAAGAUGGCCGACAGGCGAGCCUCGGUGCUGGUGGUGAGCGCGCUGGACGAGAUCGCCUACCUGCUCAAUCUGCGCGGCAGCGACAUCGACUACAAUCCCGUCUUCUUCUCGUACGUCAUCGUCACGCCCGACGCGCUCCAUCUGUUUAUCGAUGCCGCGCAGAUGCACCCGGCGGUGGAGGAGCACUUCCGCGCCAACGGCGUGUCGGUGGACGUGCGGCCGUACGCGGACGUGCAGACGAUGCUGGCGCGGCUGGCCGAGCCCACGCCGGACGGUGCGCCGCUCGUGUGGAUCAGCUCCGGCUCGAGCUACGCGCUGGCCGCGCUCGUACCCGAGGAGCGCCGGCUGAACGACAUCACGCCCAUCAACCUCAUGAAGGCGGUCAAGAACGACACGGAGGCGGCCGGCAUGAUCGCGUGUCACAUCCGCGACGGUGUCGCUCUCUGCCAAUACUUUGCGUGGCUCGAGCGAUGCAUCCGCGACGGCACGCCGGUGGACGAGAUCAGCGGGGCCGACCACCUGGAGCAGCUCCGCAGCCGGCAGGCGGACUACAAGGGGCUCAGCUUCACGACGAUCAGCGCGUCCGGCCCGAACGGUUCCAUCAUCCACUAUCAUCCGCUGCCGGAAACGAACCGCCCGAUCACCGACCACGAGCUCUACCUUUGCGACUCCGGCGCUCAGUAUCUCGAUGGCACGACGGACGUCACGCGCACGCUGCACUUCGGAAAGCCCACCGCGGAGGAGAUUCGCGCGUUCACGCACGUGCUCAAGGGCCAGAUUGCGCUCGGGACGGCCGUGUUUCCGCGCAAGACCAAGGGCCAGUUUCUGGACACGAUCGCCCGCAAGGCGCUGUGGGAUUUCGGGCUCGACUACGGUCACGGAACCGGUCACGGCAUCGGCCACUUCCUGAACGUGCACGAGGGCCCGAUGGGCAUCGGCGUCCGGCUGAUGCCGAACGAUCCCGGUUUGGAGGAGAACAUGUUCCUCUCGAACGAACCCGGCUACUACAAGCGCGACCAGUUCGGCAUCCGCAUCGAGGACAUCGUGCAGGUGGUGACGGCCAACGUCGGUACCAACUUCGAUGGGCGCGGCGCGCUCACGUUCCGCACCAUCACCAUGUGCCCGAUUCAGACGCGCCUGAUCGACGUGAGCCUGCUGACGGCUAAGGAGCGCGACCAGCUGAACGCCUACCAUCGGAUCGUGCGCGAAACGCUGACGCCGCUGCUGCGCGACCUGCAAGACACCGAAACGCUGGCCUGGCUGGAACGGGAAACGGCGGCCAUCUAGCGCCCGCAACCCUAGAGCGAUUUUCCACUUUUUCUAGCUUUUUGUUUUGUACCGGCACCGGCGUAACCCGGGGCCCGUUUUCGAUCAUUUUUCCUCCCAGAAGGUUUGGUCGACUCAUCCUUCUGCGUGCGUCAGUUCUCUCGUGGAAAAGUUAAUGCUAUCCUGGUGGUGAACACCACUUUCUGCGCCAUUUCGAAAAAUCGAACAAAAGAAAGAAAUGUUUGUAUGAACCAAAAUAGACAAGAAAAAGCAUAACACCAAACUGAAGUGUACGGAUUUUAAACUAGUUGGGAGAGAACUGUUAUCCUUUUAUGCUUGUCAAUAUCAUUUGCAUUCUUCAUUAACAAAUUGAUAUUCAUGUCAAGAAUCAUUUGAUUGUGUGAGAUGAAACUUCCUUUUUCAGGUAUCGAUAUUGGUUGGAAAGCUACAACUUAUGACAAGUGAAGGCGCUUUUCCACUUCCUCAUUGGUUUUCAGUGUUUCGUGUGGUCGUUCUACAAUAGGAAUAACAAAUAAGCU